AUGACAAUGGCGAGUGUGGUUGUAGGCCCGGCUAGCCUACCGGUUUCCAACAUGCUCGGCUCCUCGAAGAGGUACCACCUGGCCAAUGGCUCGCCUACGCCCCCCAAGGGCUACGAGACACUGAGCAAAGGCAGCAAAAAGUCGUGGAGCGUGCGAUUGGGAUUGUCGCGAGGCUCGCACUCGACCCGGCAGCAUCAUCCCGGCUUUGUCGGCGCCGGGGCCGGUGGCUGGGGCACCGUGAGCGGAGGUAGCGUCCUCGCCCAGCAGAUGAUAUACGGGGAGCCGUGGCUGUACGGCACGGUCAGGGGGACGGCCGGCAUCGCCCAUCACCACCAUCACGGGGCACCGCCGGUACUCCUCGUGUGCUCGUGCCCGGAUUUUCUCAGCGGCACCACCAGGGAUCUCGGCAGCAAUUGCCGGAGAUGCGGUGGACACAGGCUCGCCGGGCUAGCGAUCGGCGGCACGUGCCGAAUGCCCACCACGACCGUCAGGGCCAGGCCCAGUUUGGCCGGGAUGCUGAAGCCGAGCGUGGACGAUCCGUACGACUUGAUGCGCCGGAGCAGACUGGUGGAGCCGCGGUCGCGAGCUCGCAGCAUAUCGCCCCUGCGUCAGGCGAGCCAGCGCGACCCGCGUAGCCAGAGCGUCGUGCGCUGCACGCCGAUGAUGGACAGGUCGGGUGUCAAGGUGGCCACCGUCGAGCCAAUGUCCAGGACGGAGUGGUUCGAUCGUGGUGGCGCGCCCAGUCCCACCUUGGCCCUCGUCGACGACUGCCCCAGUCACAAGCUGAGUGAGAAGCAACAACAGGGCCAGCAGCCGGGGGCUCGGAUGGUCCGUGGGCCCAACGCCAGGAGCUGGCAGCAACCCGAGGAGGAGACGAGCAGCACGGACUCGCGCAAGAGUAUUCUCGAGUGCGACGUGAACCCGUACCUGCUGCUAAAGGGCAAACAACAGCAGCAGCAGCACUACCAAUCGAAGAACGAAAUGGGCGUGGCAGAGGAGGAAGGGAACGGGGUGGAGGAGGAGGAGGAAGAGGACGAAUUGAGCGACGAGCUCUCGGACAAUGCUCUCGAGCGCGACUCGUCCUCGUCGGUGGGUCCUGGAAAGCAGCGCCACGGUAGAUCCGCGCCUCCGAGCCUCUUCGAUCCGUCAAAGGUCAAGUCGAUCGAGCGCAUGCCCAGCAGCCGGAGCUCGGUAGCCGCGAUCGGGGGCCAGCGCAUCCGCGUGUUCAACGAGCCACGCCAGCCCAGCGACGAGGACGAAGAGGAGGAGGAGGACCACCACCACCACCAUCAGCCAGUAGCCAUAACUCGCAUACCGAUUCCAAAGAUAUCGCCCAAAAGGCCGCCCCGUAGGAUCAAGGAGGCCAAGGGUGCCCCCAAGGGCAUACUCAAGCGCACCGAGCGCCAACCGGCAAAUCGAUCGAUCUUGUUUAACGCCAGCUCCGCUGCUCCCGCGACAGCCGAUUCCGGCAGACGCCACCAAAGGACCGUUCUGUUUAACGUCGACAACGUGAUCCUGGCGCCCGAGAAGCCACCGUUGCCGCCGCCGGAAAUCUGCCCGAGUCCGCCGAGAAGGACGAGUUGCAGGGGCGUGGACGUGGAGUCCGUGGUCAGCGAGUCGCCCAUCGUCCCCGAGGAGAUCCACGAGAGGCCCCAUCGCUUUAUCACGGUACCGAACAUCAAGAGCCCGAAACAGCAGGCUGGCACCAGUAGACAGGUAUCCGAGGCGAAGAUCGUGCCAAAGGUCAACAAGACCGUGCCGCCGAUCGAGAGGAUCAAGAUCGACAAGUUCGUCCCGUCGAAGAAGCAGCAGUCGAAUCAUCAUCGACUUGCCCAGGAGCCGAGUGUGGUGCUACGGAGGAGCCUCGAGAGUCCUGUCGUCGCGGGGACGAGCGUUUCCCAAGGGCUGGACGAGGAUGGAACCGAGGGGCUGUCGGCCAUCAAGUCCAUUGCCGUCGAUGAGAAAGACAUGGCCGACAAGUGCGAAGCAGUAGUCGAUGAUGCCGCAUCGGUGCAGCCUCCAGCCACGACAGCAGGAACAUGCCUGACGCGCAGCCAAAGCGAGAGAUCGACGGCUCGUCCGGACAUCGUGUCGGCGGCAGACGUCAACUUUGUUGACACUAUGAGGCUCAGUCUCUGCCGGCGAUCGAAGGACGAUGACACGUCACUGGCCACCGCGGCACGCGACACCACACGGAAAAUCACCUUCGAGGAGGCUAGGCAGAGGCUGGGGGCCAGGCAGGAACCGAAACUCGCCGAGUCGAGCGUGGCUUGCGUGGAGGAGGAAACCGAGCGUCAAAUCGGGGAGUCAUCGGUCGAAGGAGAAGCUACGAUCAAAAGUGGCGAAGAGUCCAAGCCUAUCGACCAGUUCGUGGGGAUGAGACCGACCAGUUGGUCACCGCCACCGCCGUCGUCUUCUGCCGGGACGAGGAUACACCGGCAGCUCGAUCGGCACAGGGCCAACAUCUGCAAAAUCACGGUAACUCCAAAGCCCGCGGCACCGGCGCCUUUUAUGGUUCACAGACUACAGGUGAAUUCAAGCACGACGACCCCGCUGUCAAGGGGCACGCAUGGCACGUCGAUCCUGAUAAACGGCGAACAGCAGUCGCGAGCCACCGAGACCUGCAUCUCCGACAACAAGGUGACCAUAAGCGUGACCAGUGAGGACAAUCCCACUAUCUGCAAUCCCACUGUUAUCUCGGUGAACAACAAUAACCCUCCGGAGUAUCGGGCGAAAAUCCAAACUUCUGGCGAGCAGAAGCGAACCCUCGUCAUACUGGACAAUUAUCGAUCCAACAUUGUCAUUGGCGGGGAUCGGCAACAGGAGACCAAAGUUCAGGAAUCGUGCGCGAUCGAAACAAACAAGAUAAGCAAUAGCAGCAACCCCGUCGAGGUAAAACUAUCGGUUGCUUUGAAGGACAAAGUCGAGCCCGAGGUGGAUUCUCCGGACAACUCGCCGACGUGGAAACAAAUAGUUCACUCCUCUAGCCGACCGUCGGGCGGCUCGAAGGAGGAGCUGAUAUCGAAGCUCUUGGAGGACUGUACCCAGUCCAGCCGGAGCGAGUUAAACGACUUGAUGUUCCCCGGGACUAAGGUUCGGUUCUUCCCCCUGGGCCCAUGCAGGCACGAACAACACGGAGGCUCCGUGGAGGAGAGUGUUACCGUGGAAGAGGAGCAAGACGGGGAGCCCGAGUGCAGCGAGUCCGAGGAAGAGAAUUCCAAGAUCAUGAUUAAGAACAUAAAGCUUAGGAUGCGGUCCGUCGGGUCCAAACAGAGCCGCAGCGAGUCUAGUAGGGACGAGCCCGAGCCAGGCUAUUUCAUCCCGUCGAGUAGUUUCCUCGAGGAGAAUGCCUACGAGGUGAUCAAGGAGCCGAUCUACGAGGAGAUCCCCGACGAGCCACCACCUCUGCCUCUGAGUCCACCCCCGACGGAGGAUUUCAGGGACCUGAACAGCGGACUCGGUCAACCGCUGAGCCAGUACUACGAGCCGCUUAACUGCGCCUACCUGUCCAAGAGCUUGGAUCACUCGUCACCGAUGGUAGACAAUAAGGGUCUCUCCAGCAGCAAGUUCGAGCUGCUGAACUUCAUUAUGGAUUCGAAGGAGAGGACUCGGGCCGGCAACGUGGCGCUAGAUCAGGACGACGAGGAGGAGGUUGACGUGGACGAGGACGACGACGAAGAUGAGGAGGACGAGGAGGAUCCGGAGCGCGAUCUCGAGGCCCUGUAUGAGCAGAAGGAGACGAGCUUGGGCGACCUCAGCUCCAAGAGCUCGCAAAUCUCAAACGUCUCGGACAGCAGCGAGGAGUGCAACAUCAUCCUCGCCAAUUCGCCAGAGGCGCUCAAAACUCGAACGGUCGACAUUGAGCGCACGGACAGUGGCGUGGGCUCGGAGAGCAGCCAGGCAAGUAGCGGACGGGGUGGUGUCGGCCGAAGGUGGCGAGCUGGCACCAAUAACAAUAACAACGUCAGCAGUGCCAGCAGCACCAUCACUAGUACUGGUAUUACCUCGAUGAACAGUAAAAAUGGUGGUGGCUGUGGCAUCGGUAACGGAGCUUCCAGCAGUGCCAUACCGAUCUUGGCAACGGCCACGGCGCCGGCUAUUAUACUGGCGAGCAAAAUCGACCCAAAGCUCUGCGAGGAUUGCGAACAGCGACUAGAUCCCAUCAUCGUCGAGAGCGGUUGCCUUUACUCGCCGAUGGUGUGCCGCAAGUGCAGCAAGAAGCGAGCCGAGCACAAGGAGAUCGUCACGGAGAUCGUCGAGACGGAGCAAAAGUACGGCCGAGACCUGCAAAUCAUCCUCGAGGAGUUUCACCGACCGAUGCUCAGAGCCGGCCUUCUUACCCAGGAACAGCUCUCUGCCAUUUUUCUCAACGUCGAAGAGCUGCUCGAGCACAACCAAAUACUCGCCGAAAAACUUAAGGACGCGAUAGAGCUUGCCCACGAAUCCGGCGACGAGGAUCUGGUGGCGGUAGAUCUGGGCAAGAUAUUUCUCGAGUCCGAGCGCAUGCUGCACGCAUUCGAGAGCUACUGCACGCGUCAGGGUGGUGCGAGCCUUUUGCUACAGAACUUGGAGAAGGAGAAGGAGUUACUCAGAAUAUUUCUCAAGGUCUCGCAGAUGGAGAACACCGUGCUUCGGAGGAUGAACCUCAAUUCCUUUUUAAUGGUGCCGGUGCAGAGGGUCACAAAGUAUCCGCUUCUCCUAGCGCGUCUCUUAAAGGCGACGCCUUCGGGAAAAUCGGAAAUGCAGGAACUUAAAAAGAGACUUAAGGAAGCCCAAACUAAUAUUGAGCUGCACUUGGAGCACAUGAAUGCUGAGGCCAAAGAUAUUACGUCGACGAAACUCUGGCGACGAAUUUCGAUUAUACAGAACGGCAGGAGGUCUACGGGCGAGCAGGAUGUGGUCAACAUAAAACUGCGAAAGAUGGCUGUGGAAGUAUUGGAGUGGGCGCACGAGGACUCGAGGUUCGUUUUGGAGGGUCGACUCCUAGUUGCUCAACCGACUGAGAACAAUUGGAGACGCGGAAGGACUGUCAAGCUCGCUCCUGUUACUGCUAUGCUAGUUACCAAUGGAAAGCCCAACACGGAAUUCAUCGAUUUCUCCGAUGACUCUCUCUUUCCACGGCAAAUUGGCAUCAAAGAUGCGACUCUUCUCCUUGUGAAGGAAAAAUUGGGCCGAUACUCCUUGUUGAGAGAACCACUUUAUCUUGACAAGUGUAUAGUUUGCUGUGAGACGGACUUUGAGGAUUACUUUGAAAUUCAAGAGCUAGCUUCUAAAGAAACCUUUAUCUUCAAGGCUGAGGACGGUGCAAGGACUAAGAGGUGGUGUCGAACACUGCAGGCCCAUGCACAGUCACUUGGGGCCUGGCGGCGACGACGCGGUGCCUUACCCAAUAUCAUGAUAUGCAGCGUGGCAAGGAACUGAUCCCCUACACCUAUCUUUUUAAUACAUUAAAAUCCACUGUCAGUUUUCAUCGCUUUUUCGAGAUCGAUUCCGCAUAUUAUAUCGAUCUCCAUCAACUUGAGCAACGAAUAACACAUGGGAAACGUGUUGAUCCAAUUUUUUAAUGUGUAAAAUUAUAGUGCGUCGCAGAAACUAUAGUUUCCUACGUAACUGUAUCGAUAUGGUAAAACUAUUCACGGGCUGCGGCAAAAUGAUGCUCGAGCUCGCGCCUGAGUCAUUUAUCCUUUAAUAAGACCUACUCAUACCUAUUAUAUGUAAACUGUUUGAGCAUUAUAAUGAUAAUGAGCUUAUCAUUAAAUUUACAUGUAUUAUUAACUAUUCCUUCUACUACUCCUCCCCGUCCCUCUAAUUUUUAUAAUCCAGUCGACUUUGAGUUCUUCUUUUCAUUUUAUUCGAUGACUUAGAGAUGCAAUUAUUUUUUGAUUAUGCAUGAAAAUUCUUGUACUUUUAAUCAAGAUCAUUGAUCAGUAGCUGUGAUAUCGAGCCCCCCGGUGUAUUGGGAUAUACUUGUAGUUUUAAUAAUUAAUCUUGAUGCAAUUGUUAGUAUCAGGUUAAAUAAAUAUCAUACGUACUAUAUGAUAGACGCCUUCCCUGGGUGGCAGCCUAUACAUACAUGACUUGUAUGAAUUUAUUGUUCGAGCCCCAUACGAGCGAAGAAUGUUAUAUGUACCGAAUAUAAAUUGUACCAUAGUUUUAUGUAAAUAUGCUAUAA